AUGUCCGAAGUCGCAUCAAGGUCGUCCGCCUCACGCGGCAGAGGCUCUGGCCGCGGUGGCAGAGGAGGAUAUGCUGGCCGAGGCGGCCGCUCCAGAACCAACGGUGACAAGUCGGACCACAAGGACGAAAACCUCGGUGCGUUCGAGGACGAGGGCGAAUUCGCCGAGCUUCGCAAGCAGUAUGGAGACAAAACAUCUGUCAUUCGCGAGAUGUUUCCCGAUUGGUCCGAGGCCGAUGUUCUCUUUGCUCUGCAGGAGACAAAUGGUGACGAAAAUGAAGCUGUCGCACGCAUCGCUGAAGGGACAAUCUCUCAGUGGGGUGAGGUGUCGAAAACCAAGAAAACCACACGCACCAAGGCCAAGGACGCCCCCUCUGCGCCCGUGAACGAGUCGUCCGCGUCCGGUCCUCGCCCCUCCCGAGGAGGGCGGCCUGCUUCUGACGCUGCCCGUGGUCGAGGACGAGGUUCUGAUCGAGGUGCUCGGAGCGGCGCUGGCCGUGGUCGAUCGACCCUGCCCAGCACCAACGGCCCUCGUAAGGAGAGCCAGCAACUCUCUGUCCCGACAGAGGAAUCGUUUACUUGGGAUGCCAGCAAGCCAAAGAUGGAACAGCCCGAGCCAAAGAUUGCCGCCGUCGACAAGUCUACCCCUGCUGAAGCCUCCCAGCCUGCUACCCCCGCGACCAAGACCUGGGCAAGCAUGCUGCGCCAGACAACAGCUCCAAAGCCCGUGCCCGCCGCGCCCAAGGAGACGCCCGCGUCCAAGCCUACUGAAUAUGAAGCUCAACCCCAACACGAAACUGUCCACGCCCAACUCGAAGCCCCUGAGCCCGUACAAGACGAGACCACGCCCGUGGCCCAACGCGCCGUCCCCGCUCCGUUUCCAGCCAACCCUGAAUCCGAUCUUCUCCUUCUCCCACCCGCCAAAGACGAGCUCACAGAGACGAACCUCGAACAGGUUGUUGACGUGUCCAACCCACCCGCAACAGACACGGCCAGAAGCACCGCUGCCGACUCCUGGGAUCCACGGCAGAGCCCGGUGAGCCCCAACGCCACGCCCAUCUCGGCUGUUCACCAGCAGCAUCAGGCCCAGCGAUCAUCUGCCACCAGCGGCUUUGCCGCCUCGGCUAUGAAGGCGACGGCCGAGCGAUCGAGCCGGGCCGCCAGCUUCCAACGACGAGUUCUGGAUCAAGAGGAGCCCGUUCGCAUGCCGGGCAACCGUGAGGUUGACAGAGCAGCCGUAAAGUUUGGCGCCUUCAGCCUCAACGAAGGCGACGAAGACGUUGACGGCGAGCGCGAGGAGCCGGAAACUCGCGCGCAGCCCCCCGCCGAUUCUCCUGUCGCCCACCCGCGCACCUCUCUUCCUCCCGUGGCGCAGCCUGUUGCUGUUCCCGAGACUUUUCCCCAGAAAGCCAGCGCACCUCCCUCGGGUGUGACUGGAGUCGUCCCUACCGCUCCCGCCGCUGCUCAUGUCCCUGCCGCUGCUCAUGCCCCUGCCGCAAACGCGCAGCAAUAUGGCCGAUUUGGCCCUCAGGAUGCUGCAGCUCCUGCAACGAAACCCCUCGAUGCCUUCCAUGCCGCCCAAUCGACCCCAGUAUCAUCUCAACCUCCGUUCGACAACUACGCCACACCCGCCGCCACUCAACCGCAGGCUGCUCAGCUGCCCGGCACCGCUUUUUCCUCGGGACCCAGCGAUUACUCCAACUACUACACCACCAACCAGCAGGAGCGAACACCGUACAACGCGUACGGCCAGCAGUACGGCGGCGCCCAGCAGGGAGUUCACGGCCAGCACGACGGCACCUCGCAGCAGCGUCAGUUUGCCGGGUACAACAAUGCCGCCGAUAGCCUUGGUCAAUAUCCGCACAACGGCUCCUUGCACAACCAGCCGCGGUUUGGCGGCUCCAGCGACAGCCAGAACAGCGGUCACUCAACCCCGAACCCUGCGGCCCAGGCGCCGCAGCAGGGCGGCCAGCAAACCCAGCAAGGGGGCCAGCAAGGCCAGCAGGCGCCUCAGCAGCAGCAAGGCACGCCCGGCUCCCAGCCUCAGUCCCACGGACAGUAUCCCGGAUACAGCCACCCGUACUACAGCAACCCUUACUAUCACCAGUACUAUUCCGGCUACGGACAAGGCGGCUUUGGCCCCUACGGGGGCAAGGGUGGGGUGUACGGCCAGCCCUACGGCAUGUCGCCCAACGCUCCUUACGACCACGCGUCGUCCUCCAGCACCUUUGGCGCACCCUCGUCGGUCCACCGCGACAGCAGCCUCGGCUCCGGCCUGGGCGACUACGGGCGCGCAAACGCGUCUGGGCAGACGGCAAGCAGCCAGCCGGGUCUGGGAGGGAGCAGUUUUGGCGGGUCCCACGACGGCUUCGCUCGAGGCAGCUCGUCGUCCUAUCAAACCCAGGGCCAGUCUUUCAACAACCAGAGCCAGGCGCCCGCGUCUGGUUCGAGCGAUGACCUGAAACCGUUUGGCGACUCCAAGGCGAACGCGUCGGGUCCGUCGCCGUCUCUGGGGAGCGGGCCUCGUCCCGGGUCGGCAACGAACAACACGUCGGGCGGACAGAGCGGACUCGCGCCACCGCAGAACUCCCAGAUGGGGGCAGCAGGGUACGGAGGCUAUCCCAGCCAUGUCCAGGGACACAACCUCCAUGGCAGCGGCUACGGCAUGGGAGGGGGCGGUGCGGGAGCCAGCCAGCACGGCAGCAGCCCCUACAACAACUACGGCCAAGGCUUCGGCAGCGGCUACUACGGAGGCGGCCAGCAGCAGCGUGGUGGCUGGGGCGGAAACUACCAUUAG